AUGUCGGAGCGGCUCUCCCGUCCGUCCAGUCCAUAUCUGGAGCCCCCGAGGAGGAGUGUUGAGUUGGAAGACUCGGGGGCUCAAGACUCAGGUAAGGGCUUUACCAACUCUCUCGUGCUUUUGCGGAACAAUUUGAAUUUACAUGACACUAUGGUUUCCUCAGCAGUUCCCAAUAGUGACGAUGAGCAUUUUUCAGACGCGAGCGAAGGCCACGAGCGCUCUCAUUCCCGCCCACAGUCCGGUCGCGCAUCCCCUAUCCCGUUGACUCGAGUUGAGAGAGUGGACGAUAGACCCGCACACGGUGAAAUUCCCGGUACACCUGCAUAUAAAAAAAGGGAACAAGACGCUGUCCCCGAUGAAAUUGAAAUCAUCCCAACGGCGUCACGUAGCAGGAGCUCGUCCACUGUGGGGUCGCAAAAGCGCCCAUUGACUCCGGGAGGGUCGCCCAUCCCUCGAACAAUUGUUGAAAAGGUUGAUCUAAAUCAACCGAGCCAUGGGGACGUCCCUGGAACGCUUGCAUAUGAGAAGCGUAGAGCGGACGCAGUACCAGAUCUUGUCAUCAAAGCGCCAGAACGGAUAUCGGAUAUCGAUUCACCAGCGGAUGGUGCCGAAUCAAACGAGCCUGAAUCUGUCACUAGCACGCAGGUCCCUGCAACAGUGAUCUCACAAGUGGAUUCAACGGCAAUUGAAGACACGACUUCCCGCCUACACGCUCAUCGGAGGCGCCCAAGUGAUGCCACUCCAGAUGUGAUGGACAAGAUUCCAGAUGCACCAGAUCACACCUCACGAAGAGGCUCGUUAACGAGUGAAAAUGUCAAUCGUGAUUUAGGUGAUGUAGAUGCUGAUUUCGACUAUGGGGACAACGACGAACCCGAAAAUCCUCAAGAUCAAGCAGCUGCGGACGACUUUGACGACUUUGCAGAAGAGCAAGAUUUGGCAGAUGAUGAUUUUGGUGACUUUGACGAUGGCUUUCAAGAACCGGGUGGAGAGACUGCUGCGCCCGAACCGAUUGAGCCUCAGCAGCCUCUCCCACAUCCUCUAGCUCCUCCCAUAAUAGAUUUCGACACCUUCCAGUCUUUCCCCGAUCUCCACGCCGCCUUGGAUCAAACCCUCGACAAACUCUAUCCCAGUUCCAAAAAUGUUUCAUCGCUUCCUCCUCUAGAGCCAAUCCAAGAUGCCUCCUCCAUCUUCAGUACUGAGCGAUCCCUGUCACUGUGGUCUCAGCUCGUCGCGCCGCCGCCAUUGCAGCCGCAGAACUGGGUCAAGUCACGAAUUCGCCGUCUUUUCCUGGUUUCUUUGGGCGUUCCCGUUGACCUGGAUGAGAUACUACCGGCGUCAAAGCAAAAGAAGCUCGUGCUUCCAUCUAUCAAUCUGAGCGGCUCAGACACUACUGGAUCUGCCGCUCACUCACGUUCUCAUAGUCAGGCCAGGAAAAGCGGCUCACAAGACGGCAUUGACAGCCCCACAACGUCUGGUCCAGCAGCUCGGCAUCGAACAUCUCGUCGCCGUGACCGGUCUCCGCCGCCUGAGCUGGAUUUGUCGGCGGUGCGGCGACUGUGUGCCACUACCGAUGCAGCAUUGGACGGGCUGACCGACGCGGAGUUGAGCGGACAUGUUAAGGAACUGGAGCAAGUCACGCUUCGGGCCAGUUCUGUCCUUGAAUACUGGUUGAAACGCCGAGAUGGACUAGUCAGUGAGAGGGAGGCAUUUGAAGGCGUGAUAGAGAACCUUGUCAAUCAUGCAAGGCGUGUGAGGAAAUGA